GUUAGCUACACCUCUCUUCACAACAUUUGCGUUGACAGUUGCCAAGACAGUGGCACUGUAUUUGCGUUGUUAUCUGCCGACUUGACAGUUGUGUAUCUUGGAUUUGAUGACCACAUCAAACAGUAUAGAAGUGAAUGGUAGUGUCUAGAAAGGGUAUGUCCCUUCAGGAGAGAGGUGCCAAUGUCCAACCGGCCUAAUUCCAAUCCAGGGGGGUCACUGCGCCGUUCACAGAGGAACACUGCUGCGGCCCAGCCACAAGACCAUACAGUCGCGGGAAGGUUGCAGUCAGAGCAGGUAAAACAUAAAGCAAAUUCCCCACCUGAAAGUAGAAGACCUAAUUCUAAGGCUCCCAAAGCCACAGCCAGCUCAGCCACUGGCCAGUCCAGAGGGCACAGCUCAAGAAGAAGCGGUCUUACUCUGUCCGUGGCUUCAUUUGUGUUACAAGACGACCCAGAGGCUGCAGGAACAUCUGAACAAGAACGAACAGGCCACCAGUCUAAGAGUGAAGGCACCCGAGGGCUGAAGCGAAGCGCAGCUCCUGACCAAAUCAGUACCUUUGCACCAACCCCUGCCAAGAAACCCAAAUCGCUCCCACCAUCCCGAGACAAUACCUCAGAGACCAAGAAAGGCCCAGCUAAGUCCAAGAAGAGAUCGCUUCCUUCAGAACCACCUGCAUCGUCAGGCCGAGGUCAGAGCAAGAAGAGUGUGGCCGCUGGGGCCUCACCAAUCCAGAAACGGAAGAAAGCGGACUCUCUCCCCGGUCUAAGUAGCACCGUUGGGUCCCUCCCCAAUCGUACCGAGGGCAGAACUCCAAAACCCACCAAGCUGGCGUCUAAAUCGGCCGCCUCAGCCAAAGCUGGGUGUAGCAACGUGACAGACUCCUCCUCCUCUGCCUCCACCUCUUCCUCUUCCUCCACUACAGGCACCAACAGCGCCGCGACGCAGGGCGCACGAGUCAAACAGGGAAAAGAUCAGACUAAGGCACGUCGAUCUCGCUCUGCAUCUAGCCCUUCCCCACGUCGUAGUACACGUGACAAGGAGCAGGCCAAAGCUGCCAGCUCUUCAAAAUUUGAGUGGGCUUCACGCUUCAACCCCAAAGUCAACCUGCCAAAACCCAAAUUGUCCUUGCCCGGAUCCUCCAAAACUGAGACCUCCAAACCUGGGCCUUCAGGAUUACAAGCUAAACUAGCAAGUUUGAGGAAAUCCACUAAGAAGCGUAGCGAGUCUCCUCCAGCAGAGCUCCCCAGCUUUCGGCGGAGCACACGCCAGAAGACCACGGGCUCCUGUGCCAGCACCAGUCGGCGGGGCUCAGGCCUGGGCAAGCGCGGGGCAGCCGACGCUCGCCGACAGGAGAAAAUGGCCGACUCCGACAACAACCAAGAUGGGGCCAACUCAUCAGCUGCUCGCACCGAUGAGGCAUCACAAGGAGCUUCAGCUUCAAGCUCAGUUGCUGGAGCAGUGGGCAUGACCACCUCUGGAGAGAGUGAAUCUGAUGAUUCUGAAAUGGGAAGGCUUCAAGCCUUACUGGAGGCCAGAGGUCUCCCCCCACAUCUCUUUGGACCCCUGGGACCCCGCAUGUCACAACUGUUUCACAGGACCAUAGGCAGUGGAGCCAGUUCUAAGGCUCAGCAGCUCCUGCAGGGCCUUCAGGCUACAGGUGACGAGUCUCAACAGCUCCAAGCUGCAAUUGAGAUGUGCCAGCUGCUGGUGAUGGGCAAUGAGGAAACUCUUGGUGGAUUUCCUGUCAAAAGCGUGGUGCCUGCUUUGAUUACACUGUUACAAAUGGAGCAUAACUUUGAUAUUAUGAAUCACGCCUCACGUGCACUCACUUACAUGAUGGAGGCACUCCCUCGAUCUUCUGCUGUGGUGGUCGAUGCUAUUCCUGUCUUCCUGGAGAAGCUUCAGGUGAUCCAGUUCAUUGACGUAGCAGAGCAGGCCCUGACUGCCUUGGAGAUGCUGUCAAGGCGACACAGCAAAGCCAUUUUGCAGGCUGUAAGUGUUGGUGGGCUUGCCGACUGCCUCCUCUACCUGGAGUUCUUCAGCAUCAAUGCUCAGAGGAAUGCCUUGGCCAUUGCAGCUAACUGCUGCCAGAGCAUCACUCCAGAUGAAUUCCACUUUGUUGCUGAUUCUCUGCCACUGUUGACUCAGAGACUCACACACCAGGAUAAAAAGUCAGUUGAAAGCACGUGUCUCUGUUUUGCCCGACUGGUGGACAACUUUCAACAUGAAGAGAACCUGCUGCAGGAGGUAGCAUCGCGGGACCUGUUAACCAACAUUCAGCAGCUGCUGGUAGUGACCCCUCCUGUACUCAGCUCGGGAAUGUUCAUCAUGGUCGUGCGCAUGUUUUCGCUCAUGUGCUCUAACUGCCCAUGCCUGGCAGUCCAGCUUAUGAAACAGAACAUAGCAGAAACUCUGCGAUUCCUCUUAUGUGGUGCAUCAAAUGGCAGCUGCCAGGAGCAGAUUGAACUGGUACCCCGGAGCCCCCAGGAGCUCUAUGAACUGACUUCCCUCAUAUGUGAGUUGAUGCCCUGCCUGCCUAGAGAGGGCAUCUUUGCAGUUGACGUAAUGCUGAAGAAGGGCAGUGCCCAGACAACAGAGGGGGCGAUUUGGCAGUGGAGGGAUGACCGAGGACUGUGGCAUCCUUACAACCGCAUUGAUAGCCGCAUUAUUGAGACAGCCCACCAGAAUGGGGAAGAUGAGAUCAGUUUGUCCACUCUGGGCCGUGUGUACACAAUUGACUUCAACUCUAUGCAGCAGAUCAAUGAAGACACAGGAACAGCACGCGGUAUCCAGAGGAAGCCGAACCCUCUUGCAAACCCCAACACAGGGAGUCACCAAGAAGUUCGUAGAGAAGAUGCACGAGCCCAGUUGAUGAAGGAAGACCCUGAGCUGGCAAAGUGCUUUAUCAAAACUCUGUUUGGGGUCUUGUAUGAGGUCUACAGCUCAUCAGCUGGCCCUGCUGUCAGACACAAGUGCCUUAGAGCCAUCCUCAGGAUCAUCUACUUUGCUGAUGCAGAGCUGCUGAAGGAUGUGCUGAGGAACCAUGCUGUGUCCAGUCACAUUGCCUCCAUGCUGUCCAGCCAGGACCUGAAGAUUGUAGUGGGUUCUCUGCAGAUGGCUGAGAUCCUUAUGCAGAAGCUGCCGGAUGUCUUCAGUGUCUAUUUCAGAAGAGAAGGUGUAAUGCACCAGGUAAAGAACCUGGCAGAGUCUGAGAGCUUUCUAGUCACUAGUCCCCCGAAGGCUUGCCCAAGUGGUACUGCUAGUCUCUGCACUACCACCAUCAGCACUGCAUCCACCACAUCUGCUAAUAAUGCAACUCCUGACCUGGGUUCACCCAGCUUCCAGCACAGCAUGGACGACUCACUGGACCUCAGCCCGCAGGGGCGGCUAAGUGAUGUCCUAAAGAGGAAAAGACUACCUAAAAGAGGGCCCAGAAGGCCGAAAUACUCUCCCCCAAGAGACGAUGAUAAAGUUGACAAUCAGGCCAAGAGCCCUACUAGUACUCAGUCACCCAAAUCAUCCUUCUUGGCCAGUCUCAAUCCCAAGACCUGGGGGAAGCUGGGUGCUCAGACCAACAAUGCCAACUCAGAGCCCUCACGCACAGCCGGGGUGAGUGGCCUGGCGAGGGCACCUCCCAAGGACUCGAUUUCAAAUAACAGAGACAAAAUCAAGGCCUGGAUUAAGGAACAGGCAAGUAAGUUUGUGGAGCGCUACUUCAACUCUGAAAAUGUGGAUGGCAGCAAUCCUGCAUUGAAUGUACUCCAGAGACUUUGCACAGCCACUGAGCAGCUCAGCCUGCAGGUGGACGGUGGUAUGGAGUGCCUAGUGGAGAUCUCCAGUAUUGUAUCAGAAUCUGAUGUGUCAUCAUUUGAGAUCCAGCACAGUGGGCUGGUGAAGCAGCUCCUGGUCUACUUGACCUCCAACACAGACAGGGAUUUGUUGAGUCGCGAUGUGCGGCUCAAGAGGUUCCUACAUGUGUUCGCUGGCUGCCCGGUUCCAGGAAUGGAGCCUGUAGGUCGUCUGGACCCGACAGAGAAUGCGCCUUACCUGGCACUGGUGCACAAGAUGAACAGCUGCCUGAGCCAAAUGGAGCAGUUCCCUGUCAAAGUGCAUGACUUCCCCAGUGGCAACGGCAAUGGCAGCAGGGGAUCUCAGGCGCUGAAGUUCUUCAACACUCAUCAGCUCAAGUGUCAGCUGCAGAGACACCCAGAUUGCACUAAUGUUAAACAAUGGAAAGGCGGCCCUGUGAAGAUUGACCCCCUUGCCCUGGUGCAAGCCAUUGAGAGAUAUCUUGUUGUCAGAGGAUAUGGGCGAAUCAGGGAAGAGGAUGAAGACAGUGAUGAUGAUGGUUCAGAUGAUGAAAUCGAUGAAUCACUGGCGGCACAGUUCCUGAAUUCUGGUAGUGUGCGUCACCGGCUACAGUUCUACAUUGGUGACCACCUGCUGCCAUACAACAUGACGGUAUACCAGGCUGUAAGGCAGUACAGUCUUCAGGCAGAGGAGGAAAGAGAAUCGACAGACGAUGAGGCAAACCCACUUGGGCGAGCUGGAAUCUGGACCAAAACGCACACAAUAUGGUAUAAGCCUGUGAGAGAGGAUGAGGAUGGUAGCAAAGACGCUGUGGGUGGAAAGAGAGGCAGAGCCCAGACUGCUCCCACCAAAACCUCACCUCGCAACGCCAAGAAACAGGAUGAGCUGUGGCAUGAUGGUGUAUGUCCCAGCGUCAUCAAUCCUUUAGAGACAUACCUCACUUCGGAGCCACCAGAGACCAUAACCUUUGAUGACCCCUCUUUAGAGGUCAACCUGCUGCUGAGGGUCCUGCACUCCAUCAGUAGAUACUGGUUCUACUUGUAUGAUAAUGCUGCAUGUAAGGAAAUUAUUCCAACCAGUGAGUUCAUUAACAGUAAGCUGACAGCCAAAGCCAACCGUCAGCUACAAGACCCGCUGGUCAUCAUGACAGGCAACAUCCCUACUUGGCUCAUCGAGCUUGGAAAGACCUGCCCCUUCUUCUUCCCCUUCGACACCCGGCAGAUGUUGUUUUAUGUCACUGCCUUUGAUCGCGACAGAGCCAUGCAACGCCUGCUGGACACAAAUCCUGAGAUCAACCAGUCAGAUUCUCAGGACAGCAGAGUUGCGCCACGCCUCGACAGGAAAAAGAGGACGAUAAACCGUGACGAGCUCCUGAAACAGGCCGAGUCUGUGAUGCAGGACCUUGGCAGUUCCAGGGCAAUGCUUGAGAUUCAGUAUGAGAAUGAGGUUGGCACAGGUCUUGGCCCAACUCUGGAGUUCUAUGCUCUGGUGUCUCAAGAGCUCCAGCGGGCUGAUCUUGGUCUUUGGAGAGGCGAAGAGGUUACUUUGGCCAAUCCUAAAGGAAACCAAGAGGGGACUAAGUACAUGUUCAGCUCCAGAGGACUGUUUGCUGUUCCCUUCGGCAGGACAACCAAACCAGCACACAUAGCCAAAAUCAAAAUGAAGUUCCGUUUCCUAGGAAAGCUGAUGGCCAAAGCCAUUAUGGACUUCAGACUGCUGGACCUGCCCCUGGGGCUGCCAUUUUACAAGUGGAUGCUCCGGCAUGAGAUGUCUAUAAGCUCCCAUGACCUGGUGAACAUUGAUCCCAGUGUGGCCAAGUCCAUCCAGCACUUGGAGGAUAUUAUCCGCCAGAAGAAGAGGCUGGAACAGGACCGGUCACAGACGAGGGAGACCCUACAGCAGGCCUUGGAGAGCCUGAACAUGAACGGCUGCUCAGUGGAGGACCUCGGGUUGGACUUCACCCUCCCAGGAUUCCCAAACAUUGAGCUGAAAAAAGGUGGCAAAGACGUCCCGGUCACAAUCUACAACCUGGAGGAGUACCUCAGGUUGGUGGUGUACUGGACUCUAAAUGAAGGAGUGUCCAGACAGUUUGAGUCAUUUAGGGAAGGGUUUGAGUCAGUCUUCCCCUUGCAUCACCUGCAGUAUUUCUAUCCAGAAGAGCUUGACCAGUUGCUGUGUGGCAGUAAAUCUGAGACGUGGGAUGUCAAGACGCUGAUGGAGUGCUGUCGACCAGACCACGGAUACACACACGACAGCCGUGCAGUUCGGUUCCUGUUUGAGGUGUUGAGCAGCUUCGAUGCCGAGCAGCAGAGACUCUUUCUGCAGUUUGUCACAGGGAGCCCAAGACUGCCUGUCGGAGGUUUCCGGAGCCUGAAUCCCCCUCUGACGAUUGUGAGGAAGACGUUCGAGUCGACAGAGAACCCGGAUGAUUUCCUCCCCUCAGUCAUGACCUGCGUCAACUACCUGAAGCUGCCUGACUACUCCAGCAUAGAGAUCAUGCGAGAGAAACUGUUGAUCGCGGCCCGUGAGGGCCAGCAGUCUUUCCACCUUUCCUGAUCUCAUCACAUCUCACAUUCAAAUGCCUUCUACAGCGACUGAUGAAAUCAUGACUUCCUUCUUAGUUUUUUUGUAAUCACAUACAUUAAGGCUACGUGUACAGCCUUCUUGUUAGAGAAAGCAGCUUGCAGAAAAAUUAAGACUUUAAAUAUAUAUUUGCUGCCCCUGUCUCUCAAAAAAAAUUAUAAAAAAUAAAAAAAUGGAAAGGUGUUCCAUGACUCAGAACUUAAAAUAUAAAAAAAAGAGAGAGUAAAACUUAUAUCAGUAGUUGAGUAAUGUUAAAAAGAUGAAAACAUCUGGGUGACAUUUUAAAUUGCAUUGCUAUGUGAUAUUUAAAAAAAGGGAUGUCUCCUCUCCAGAGUGGUGGACAACGUCUCUGGGUGUCGGGGAGGAAGGGGAGGGGGGGUCCAUUGAGCAAGCUAGGUUUACUUUAGCUCCAAAGAUCAUUUGUACAGACAAAUUUGCAGACUUUGCUCAUUCUACACAUUUGAUAGAAUAGCUCUUUGUUUUCAUGUCUCCCCUCAGUUUGUUCACAUUUUGUUCUGUAUUAUAUUGGCCCCAGUUUGUGUGUCGCAUUUUGGUUCGGCUUCCCCCCACCCCCCGUGUGUCUUUGCUUCAAGUUGUGGAAACGAGAGUUGCGGUUGGUUGAAUGCGGGUAGUGAUGAGCUCAUAUUAUCUUUUUUUUUUUCCCCUCUACCCAAGUUGAGAUUGUGUUCUGGCCUCCUUAUUAUAGAGAGCAUCAGCUCAAAUGAAGAGUUGUAACCAAUGUGUUGAUCAGGUAAAUUUGUUUUGCUCUUAUUUUGAUAGAGUUAGUGUCUUUCUGUUGAGCCCUACUGGAUGUGUAGGGUUAUCUUGGUAGACCAAGCUCUGAGCAACCCUCGACAAAUGUAGCUGGGCACAAAAUUUGGCUGGUCUCAUUUUGUCGUUUCAUGGCCAGAUAGCAUUUCAAGUUCAUUUAUGGAAUAAAGUAUAUAUGCAGUUUCACACCCUGUUUGAGGUGGGAAUGUCUGCUUUACCUUUUUUUAAUUUUCUAUAUUGUCUUUAUUUCUUGCUGUAGUUGAUUAUUGUUUUUUUUUCUUUGCACUGCUGGCUUGGAACAAACCGUGGUGUGCACCUGCAGUCUGUGGCCAGGGGAGGGCGCCACUGUAUGCUCUCCUGGCCCAAUCGUUCAUGUGCUGGUUUCUAAGAUCUGCAAUAAUUUACUGCAUCAGGUUCAUGUUUUUACCUGAACAUAAAUAAAGUAACUGUUUGACUCA